UAGGCAGUGCAGGACCGAAAACCACUGUUGCGCACCCCGACACUCCAGACCUGCGUGGACUCGGACAUCCCGCGGCAACCUAGACGCUGUUCCCCGGGUGGUUCUGCACGCAGCAGUCUUGCGAUUACAACCCAGCCAUGUCGGGCCGCCGCGUGGCGCUGGUCACCGGCGCCAACAAGGGCAUCGGCUUAGCUAUCGUGCGCGACCUGUGUCGCCGCUUCUCCGGGGACGUGGUGCUCACGGCCCGGGACGAGUCACGGGGCCAGGCGGCCGUGCAGCAGCUACAGGCGGAGGGCCUGAGCCCGCGCUUCCACAAACUGGACAUCACCGACCUGCAGAGCAUCCGCGCCCUGCGCGACUUCCUCCAGAAGGAGUACGGAGGCCUAGACGUGCUGAUCAACAACGCGGGCAUUGCUUUCAAGACAUGGGACACCACACCCUUCCAUGUUCAAGCAGAGGUGACCAUGAAGACAAACUUUUAUGGCACUCGAGAUGUGUGUGCGGAGCUGCUGCCUCUCAUGAAACCCCAAGGCAGAGUAGUGAACGUGUCCAGCAUGGAGAGUCUCAGAGCCCUUAGAACCUGCAGCCCAGAGCUGCAGCAGAAGUUCCGCAGCGAGACCAUCACGGAGGAGGAGCUGGUGGGGCUCAUGAACAAGUUCGUGGAAGACACAAAGAAUGGGGUGAACAAGAAGGAAGGCUGGCCCAAUACUGCAUAUGGAGUGACCAAGAUUGGUGUCACUGUGCUGUCCAGAAUCCAGGCCAGGAAAUUGAAUGAGCAGAGGAAAGCAGACAAGAUCCUGCUGAAUGCCUGCUGCCCAGGGUGGGUGAGAACCGACAUGGCGGGACCCACUGCCCCCAAAAGCCCAGAAGAAGGAGCAGAGACCCCCAUGUACUUGGCUCUCCUGCCUCCGGAUGCUGAGGGUCCUCAUGGACAGUUUGUUAUGGAAAAAAAUGUUGAGCCGUGGUGAGCUCAGCCCACAGUGCCAACCAUUGUUUUAGUAGACUGUGUUGGUUUAACCGAGAGGAUGCCACAAAUUGUCUAACCAUAAGGUGAGAAGAGAUGCAAACAUUUUUAUCAACCAAAAUCUAUUAGUUUACUAUUCCUUGAGUGAGCUAUCCCAUGAGUUCACUAUGAAUUCGGCGACGUCCUUUAUGAUUUUUCUAUGUCAUACAUGGAGAGAAAAAUUGUAAUGACUGAAAAUAAAAAAUGGA